GGAGAAGAUAAUUUCACUUACUGUCCAGCAAUGGGCCUAGCUAUAGGAAACGAGCACUCGGAAUUCUCUGGCUGGGCAUUUCCAUUUCCAGGCGUGUUUCUGGCGGAGGAGUUCAUUAGCGAAGAUGAAGAAUCAGAGAUGGUUGAGCUGAUGGAUCGAGAUGACUGGAAACCAUCACAGUCUGGCCGAAAGAAACAGGACUAUGGACCCAAAGUGAACUUCAAGAAACGAAGGCUGAAAGCUGGCAGCUUUACCGGUUUGCCAAGCUUUAGUGAAAAGAUUGUGGCACGACUGAAGGCCUGCCCUGUGCUCGGCAGUUUCUUACCUGUCGAACAGUGUAAUCUGGACUAUGUGCCAGAAAGAGGCUCUGCCAUCGACCCCCAUUUCGAUGACUGGUGGCUUUGGGGAGAGCGCCUGGUUAGCCUGAACUUGCUCUCGAGAACGGUGCUGUCCAUGUCUUGCGAUUCAGAGGACAGCAUCCAACUAUUUCCCGCUCUGAGUGAAGAAAACGGGGAAUCGAGUCUCUUGGGGUCUCUUGCCCAGACGUCAGCGUGCAAAAAUUCAGGCCAAGAGGGAGCUGACUGCAUUUUGUCCCCAAGACUUGUUCCAAGUAAAGAGGUGACCGUUGCCAUUCACUUACCCCGGAGGUCCCUGGUGGUGCUGUACGGUGACGCGCGGUACAGGUGGAAACACGCGAUUCAGCGCAAGCACGUUGAGCAUCGUCGCGUCUGCAUCACGUUCAGGGAGCUGUCUGCAGAGUUCAGUGCCGGAGGAAAGCACGAGGAGCUGGGUAAAGAACUGCUAGAAAUAGCUCUUUCCUUUCAGGGAAGGCCGGUGUGA